AUAUAUAUACAUACAUAGGGAAAGUUAAAAUGUGUAGCAAGAAGUGACAAACUACAAAACGCAUCCAUUUUCUGGAGUAGUGUACAUGGCUGCUGAGCAAGGUGAUAGAUUUUCCUCCAUUGAAGUACCACUUUUGGAUGAUGAAAAAGUGUACAAAGUGAAUGGUUCAAAAACUAAGGAUGAACAUCACACGGUUCAUGAGGGUAACACUUCUUUAUUCAAGACUUGCUUCCAUCUUGUUAAUGGCAUCUCAGGAGUUGGUAUUGUUUCAAUACCUUAUGCACUAGCAUCAGGAGGAUGGUUAAGCAUAAUCCUACUAUUUACAAUAGCCAUAGCAUGUUGUUACACAGGAACAUUAGUCAAAAAAUGCAUGGACAUGGAUCUUAAUAUCAGAACUUUCCCUGACAUAGGUCAAUAUGCAUUUGGAUCAAAAGGAAGAUUAAUAGUAUCAAUAAUCAUGAAUUCAGAACUUUAUCUAGCAGUAACUGGUUUUCUAAUUCUAGAAGGAGACAACCUUAACAAACUAAUACCAAAUAUGGAAAUUAACAUAGGUGGUUUAACAAUUGGUGGCACAACAAUGUUUACUAUGGUUACUACAAUUGUUAUUUUGCCUACUGUUUUGUUUGAAGAUAUGAGUUUGUUGUCUUAUGUUUCUGCUAGUGGUGCUAUAGCUUCUUCAAUCUUCAUUUUUUCUUUGUUUUGGAAUGGUGCUGUUGAUGGAACAGGGUUUCAUGGUAAAGGAAGGGUUUUUAAUUUGAGUGGAAUACCUUCUGCUGUUAGUUUGUAUGCUUUUUGUUAUAGUGCUCAUCCGAUUUUGCCGACUCUCUACAAUUCUAUGAGGAAUAAAAGUCAUUACUCCGGGGUCCUAUUUGUAAGCUUUUCAGCAUGCACAUUUGGUUAUGCAGCAGCAGCAAUUCUAGGCUACUUAAUGUUUGGACAAGAAGUUGAAUCACAAGUAACUCUAAACCUUCACACAGGAAAAUUAAGUUCAAGAAUAGCUAUAUACACAACCUUAGUCAAUCCAAUAGCAAAAUAUGCAUUGAUGCUUACACCAGUCAUAAAUGCAAUAAAAAUGAAGGUUUCAUGCAAUUACUCCAACAAAAGAGUCACACAUAUGAUUAUUAGUACAUCAUUACUAGUAAGUUCUCUUAUUAUAGCAGUGACCAUUCCUCUAUUUGGAUACCUUAUGUCACUUGUUGGAGCAAUGUUAAGCGUCUCGGCUUCAAUUUUAGUUCCGUCGAUUUGUUACUUGAAGAUUUCAGGAGCUUACAAGAGAUUUGGAAGUGAAAUGAUUGUUAACUAUUUGAUUAUUGUGAUGGGGGUUGCUAUUGCUGUUUUUGGUACUUAUAGAUCUCUUGUAGAUAUAAUUCAAAACUUGUAAGUUUUCUUUGAUAGAAGUGUUUUAAUUUCCUAUAGAGUGCUAUAAUUGGAAUUGGAACUUUGGUUUGUAGUGAAUUGGUUUAUUUCUUUGUUGUAUAAAUAAGUACUUUUGUUUAUGUCUAGAUAGCUAGCAUUAACAACUUAUGAGGUUGAAUGUUAGAGAUUUUGUUGUGAUUUA